GGUAUGCACAAGUAGUAACGAUCGAUUUGCACCUCAAUGUAAUCAGUAGUCUGCCAACCGCGGAAUGAUAGCUAUAACUGCACGUAGAUUGUAUAACUAUAAAUGUAAAUAACAAUGUUUGAGACGUAGCAGUCAAAACAGGUCAAAGGAAUGUUAGUUUAUAACAAAUUAACAGAACGAGGGAGUAUUCAUAUAUGGAGUAAAUUAAAAAUACAGGAAUAGGAUAAGGACAACAUUAUAGUACAAUGGCAGAUGUCAAAGAGCAACUUUCGUUGAAGAAGAUGUCGAUAGUGAUGAGUUUAAUAUUGGAUAUUCUUGGCUUUAGCAGAGAAUGCAUUCAAGAAAGAAUCGACGCCAUGAACAGUAUUUCAUUGGCAUUAACCAUCGCAACAAGAAGAAUACUUGGCAGAAAUGAUGUUGAAAGAAUACUCACAGGAAGCAUCCGUGAAGGAGUUGGAUUAUGUUUCUUGAAUGACAGAGAUUACUUACAAAUAGAUCACAGCGUCGUCUGCGGAACAGACCGGCUUAAGUUAGUUGACAGAGGAAAACUUGCGUUUAAAAUGGAGCAAAGGGAUACGCCUGGGGGAUACUGUUUCCUGAAAUUACUUGAAGAAACAGUAUCUCCAUGUAAUGGCUUCUUGAGACUACAACACGCUUUGGUGCAACAGCGUGAAGAAAGAUUUUUGUCCAGUAGUAUUUUCAUCACAAGUGUGGAUGAAAUGUCAUUGGGAAAAGGAUCAUUUUACUACAAUGACAGAUUAAGAACGCGACACGGCCCUUCCCUUCGCAAGCAGAAUGAUAAGGGCUCCUUCACAAAUGCCCUUUUUAUUUGGAGCGAUUUGACAUAUUUAGGCAACGAAUCAGAUUUUGUUCGAGCAUUUCCAUGUAAAGGCGAAUCUUUCUUGCAAAAGUGGAAAAACAGAGACAGGCCAAGCGGCUGGCCUUACAAAAAGACGAUUGCGCAUGUGAUGUGCUUACAGGCGUGUGUUGUCCCUGUCGGUCAUAAAGGAACCAAGUAUGAAGAUCUUCAAUGGAGAAUUUGCUUCACUGAAGCUGAGAUACAUCUAGUCCAGGCGUUAAAUGGUACUCAAAAGAAAAUAUACGUCCUGUUAAAACUUAUUGCAAAACAUAUUAUUCGGCCUUUAAGCGCUGAUAUCACUUCUUAUGUUAUGAAAAUGGUGAUCUUAUGGCUUGCAGAGAAAAUUCCCCAGAAAAAGUUCAGACGAAAGCAUCUUCUAGUAAGACUGAAAGACGCGGUAAUAUAUCUGAGACAAAGUGUCAGAAACAAAAACUUGCCAAAUUACAUGACUCCAAGUAGGAAUAUGUUUGCAGGCAAGUUACAAGGCGACGAGCAGAUAAACAUCAUUAAUAAAUUGGAUAGUCUGCUUGAACAUGGCCAAGGAUCCAUUGAAGAAUUUUUGUAUGUACAUAUUCUGCAUAAUAAGGACGUUCAGGAAUACUGUUGUUCCAUUUUCUUUGCAAGCUUGUUUAGCAGGGUUAGCAGUUGUAAUUUUGCCCUGUACACUACAAAUCAACUAGCUAGCAUUAUAGUAUCGGAUCUAAAGUGUGGAACAUACUGGCAUAAAAUGCUGAUUUCGAUCCCACAAUUUUUACAAUUCAUCAUUGUUUACGGGAAUCGGCCAUUUGAUCUAACGUUUGCAUUUGUAUCUCGUUUAGCAUUUGUAAAGAAACGAGAAAGCCAUGCAUGGAGACACGAUGAUAUAAUUAGUCAUAAAAACCUUAACCAAAAUAAUGAUGUCCGAAAUCAUGACUUACAAAAUGUUUCCGCAAAAUGGAUUGUGCCAGUUAAUGUGCUGUUAACAUUGAUCAUGUUAAUUAUGAAAUUACUGCAGAAUGUACAAGUUGAAGACAAACAUAGUAUGCAUAUAUUCAUAUUCGUAAUAUAUCUAUGGUUUCUGGAUGACAAAGCAAGGGAGAAUAUUUGUAAAAUACUUAUCUACAUUCAUUUGGCUUUAGUUUUUAUAACUGUGUUUGAACAUAUGUCAGUACAUGGAUUUGUUUUGAUCAAUCACGAGGACAAACGGGGCUACAUAGUACCACGAACAUUGAAAUCAUUUUUUCAGCUGUCAUUUGAUAUCUACAUUUUGACACUGAACACAGACACACUGUAUUUCUAAACAAAUAAAAAAAUCAUUUGUAAAAUUUGUUUGUAGCCUAAUGUUACAUAUACGCUUUUUGUUUGAACCAGUUAUUGAUUUAAAUUAUUAUUUACAUAAUUUCCCAAAAUUCAAUUAAGAUUCAAGGUAUCUAAAGCAUACAAUUUUUUUUAAACAGUCUGAUGACCCGCAUUUACCUCUUUUCAUUUCAUGCUAAAUACAUUUCAGGGAUACGUACUUUGUUAAACAAGCAAAUUCGAUGAAUUGGUAUUCCCCGCCGAAAGGGUUUGUGGUGAGGAAUGGCAAAAAAAUAUAUCAGACAAAAAGUUAAGGAUGUUAAUAAGAAGCAAAUAAUUUCAUUAGUCAAAAUCAAUUUAACAGUAAACAAAUGUUUAAUUAAAAAGUACAUAAUAAAUGUAUGAUACUUUAA